AUGUACUACACGCCCCACGUUGACCGCUCAAACAAGAUAUUAAUUGGACUGCAUGCUGUGGAGGAUACAUUCGGAUGGACGGCUCUGGCUAUUGGAGGAAACGGAGGAAUGAAGGGCGCCUCGCAGAUUGUCGUCCGAAAGAUGGAGGAUAAAAGCAGCGGCGUUUACGACGAUACGUGGGUUGUUGAGGACCGAAACUCACAAGACUACACGAUGCCAAGUUUGGAUGAAUCUCAAGAUCUUGAACUCAUCUUUGCAGAACAGACUGCUAACGGAGAAACCGCUUGGGGUGUACUUCUGCCAAUCAAUUCCUGCGAUGAGUUUGACUACUCCGUUCAUAACAUCAGCAUGUUCAUGCAUUGGGCAGUAGGUGAAGAUCACAGUUUCUCGUUCCACGGCCGCCGCCGGGGCCAGUUCCAAGCAAACCUGUUUUUACCGCCGCCCGAGACCAAGGAUCAGGGCCUUUCUGAUAGCUAUACCAUGGAUCUGUUGAUGUCCAUUGUUAGCGUCGUUUCGGGCGAGGGAGAAAUCCCAACGGACCCCUACAUUUGCUCGUACUUUGAACUAGAAAGGCUUCCUUUGGAGGGGUCGAAAGGCAGCCAAAGAUUCGUCAGUGCCAACGACAAAUCCCACUCUGUUCGAGUCGAGACUGUUUGUUCCCAACAAUCGAAGCAAUAUGUACACCAUAUCAUCCUCUAUGCUUGCGAUGCUGACUUAACUGACAAGAGCGAUGAUGACAUCUUCCACCGCAAAUUGAACCCGAGUUGUCAAACUAUGCCGCCUCACUGUGCUGAGGUCAAGGCUGUUUGGUCUCUGGGCGUUGGGGAAGACCUGGUAAUGCCCUCUGACGUUGGCCUGCCCUUUGGAGAGGGAAAACGUUGGCUUGUAAUGCAGGUGCACUACUACAAUCCUGGACUUGAUGUCGGUAUCUAUGACAGCAGUGGAAUGCGCUUGCACAUAGCCCCAAAGCCACGUUCAUAUGACGCAGGACAGAUAUCCCUUUUGGGAGGUUUUGACUCUGCACAGCACCCCAACGGCAUCCCUGCAGGGGAGACAGAUUUUGAGCUGCCCACCUUUGUGGUCCCAUCUGUGUGCACUUACAGCAUGUGGAAAGACCCAAUCAACAUCAUGUGGGUUGUGCACCACAUGCAUCAGUACGGGACGAAGAUGGAAAUCGAGAUAAGGCGUGAAGGACGGAGUUUAGGGGUAUUAGUGGACGAGAAGCACUUCGACUUCACACAUCAGUCUUUCACGCCAUCAUUGGUGAGCCAGUUGCUGCCGGGGGAUGCUAUCUUCUUACGUUGUCGAUAUGAUACUUCUGGUCUGUCCCAGAACGUGCACUUCGGAGAUGGAACCAAUGACGAGAUGUGUAUCGCUGGUAUUAAUUAUUGGCCUGGACAGAGGGUGGAAACUCAGUCUGUGGCACAAGUCGACCCUACUUCUUUCAUCAAGCAAUGCCAGAAUGCAGGAUCAGGUGUUUUCUCCAAAAUGAGCCUUUGCGCCCAAAGUUUCUUUGAGCAUGCCCACGAUUUCCUUACAUUGAGGUGGGACUAUCGUGAGCCAUUUGAUGCCCUUCACUUUUGCAAUUCUGGCAUUUUUGAAGAUGACGUAUUGCCACGGAACCUGCCCAUAAGUCUAUGCCCUGACUGCUACGUGAACAAGAAUUGCACUGCCGAGGAAGUGAUCCUCCACGCGCAGGAAAAGGUCUGUGUCGACUUUUGUUCAAUGGCUAAUGUUUCGGUCUAUCCUGAUCUCAGUGCAAGUGAAGGCCUCAGCCACGGGAUCACGCGAUGCUUCAGUGGCGACAUUCAAUCGGAUGUCCGUUUCUUUUCUCCCCCGGAACUUGAAGCCCAAGUGCCCUCGUGUGAACCUUUUCCGUCAGCCGCAGCGAGCGGUGACGGCGUUGCCAGGACGGCGGAUGCUUCUGUUUGGAAAGUCGCGUCACUUUCGAUGGUAGGCAUCAUUGCGACGGCUGUCGUUCUGUUUGCUUUCUACCGCACGACUUUCUACUCGGGAAGCGAGACGCACUGUCUUGGCAAGUUUUCGCACAUGUGGACGAGGACAAUUCGAUCCUUCGAAGUGAAUCUUGUGGCGUUUCUGCGACAGAUCGCUCGCCAUGCCGCCCUCUAUCCUAGAACAUAUGUUGUCGCCAUCAGUGCGCUUUCUCUCCUUCUUCUCUUUCUUGGGUUUGCAACAAACUUUGCUGUCGAAGCCGACACGUUGUCGUGGUGGACCCCAGCGGGGACAAGAUCAGAAGAACAUUUGAACUACGUAACCGGGACUUUCCAGGGUCUGCCCAGGGCCUUCAGCAUUAUGGUGCACAAGCAAGGUGACAAUGCUGUGUCAAAAGAAGGCGUUGCGCAUGUGUUUGAGGCAUUGGACGCCAUCAGAGCAACCCAAGGCUUUGACGCGGUAUGCGGGAAAAGUGAUCAUGUCGACAGUGAAUCGGGAAGCGGGACGUGCAAGAUUCAUGGUGUGACCGCUUUUUGGAAUCACAGUACCAGCCUUUUUGAAGCAGCGGUUAGCUCUGACGAAGACAUUAUACUGACUUUGUCAGAAGAGACCUUUCCCGAUGGGCGUCCUAUGGAUGUACGCGGACUCGUCGGGUCUCCUCAAUGGAAUGGCACUGGAACUAAGCUAUCAGGAGGACAGUCCUACUUUGCCGUCGUUGAGCUACCAGAAAAGCAGGAAGCCAAGGCGUACGACUUCGAGGAAGAUGCCCUUGACAGUGUUUUGCACCUCCGCAAUCAAUGGAAACAACAGAUAGGCAACGCCUUUCGCCUGGAAGUUGAGGCUACAAGGAGCUUUGACGACGAAGCCAAUAGGUCCAUUCAAGAAGAUCUGCCACUUAUACAAAUCGUUGGUGUUGUCAUGUCCGUGUUUGUCUGCUUGGUCUAUUCAAAAUGCGACCCUGUCAAAUCCCAAAGCCUGCUCGGAUUCGGAGCGGUUGUGUCCGUUGUGCUAUCCACAUCCUCGGGAUUUGGUUUGUUGUUCAUCAUUGGCGUUCCCUACACGACCAUGACGUCGUUGUUGCCAUUCAUUGUGCUGGGCAUAGGGUUGGACGAUGCAUUUAUCAUAACGGCUGCCUAUAACAGGACAGACCAAAAGAAAGAUCCUGUUGAGAGGAUUGACGAAACGAUCUCCGAAGCUGGCCUCAGCAUUGCCAUAACAACUGUUACCUCUGUCCUGGCCUUUGGCUUGGACACCCUUACAUCCAUUCCGGCUGUGGAUUGGCUCUGCUGCUAUGCAAUUCCGAUGCUCCUGAUCACUUUCUUCUACCAGAUAACAUUUUUUGUGGCGUUGAUCGUGAUUGACGACAAGCGCAUCAAGGCUAACCGCAGAGAUUGUUGCGUGUGCUUUCCCGUCUCCGCGACCCAACUCGGAACCCACCUCGACGAGGACCACGAUGAAGCCGCAACUGUACCACUGCCAGAGCGUAUCAUGUCAUCGUACGCAGACAAGCUCCUUCAACCAUGGGUUAAGGCGGUGAUCUUGGUCGGUUUUGCAGUCCUGUUUGGAGGUUUGGCCUACAGUGCAUCUUUGAUGACUCAAGACUUCAAGCUCACAGACAUGCUGCCGAGUGAUUCGUAUGUAGCUGACAACAUCAUUGCCUACCAAAAUUACAACUCCCGCUCAGUGAUGAUGCCGUACAUGUACUUUCGAGGUGUUGACCAAUCCAAUGAAGACGUGCAGCGUCAAAUGGAGGCAUAUGUCAAUGACAUGGUCGUCGGCAUUAACGCAGUGGAACAGCCCACCUCAGGCUACUUUUGGUUAAGCCAUUUCAAGCAGUAUUCUGCUGUGCAGUUCGGAACAAGCUUUGAGGCAUUGAAUUUCAAAGAGAAGUUGAAUAAAUUCUUGCAAGAGCCUGUCUUCAGUGAACUCUACUCAAACGAUAUUGUUCUGGACGGUGACGGGAACAUCAUUUCUUCUUGCAUGCUCUUCUUCAUCUCCGACCUCGACAUUAAUAACGUUGAAGAGCAGGUGAAGACAUUGAAGGCUCAACGUGCUGUGUCAGCUGCUCAGCCCAUCAAUUACGACAAGGAUGACUGGUCCUUUUUUGCCUACCAUCGGAAUUUCAACUAUUGGGAGUUUAACUCGGUGGCAGUUGAGGAGUUACUCUUCACAUCUGUCAUUGGUGUCUUGAGUGUCACCGAUGCCGCCCUGAUCCUCAUCCCACACUGGAGUGGUGCACUCUUUGUAUUCCCUCUGCUUUCGGUGCUGUAUGUUGAUCUGCUUGGCUUUUUGCAACUGGUCGGAGUUUCCGUAAAUGCCGUCAGCUACAUUGCAGUGGUCAUGUCAAUUGGACUCAUGGUGGAUUACAUCCUCCAUGUACUUGUCAAGUAUUACGAAUGCCCAGGAACGCGGGAUCAAAAAGUCAAGGAAUCGUUGUGUUGCAUGGGUUCCUCGGUUCUGCUUGGCGCUUUGACAACUUUCUUGGGCAUGGUUCCGUUGGCUUUCACCACCAGCGGCGUGGGCAAGAUCCUCUUUUAUGCCUUUUCUGGAUUGGUUGUGUUCGGGGCUUUGCACGGAUUGGUCUUGCUGCCAGUGCUCCUAUCCUUGCUGGGACCGUUGGAUCCGUCCCCAUCACAGCUGAGUCUGAGCAAAGAGAAGAAGGUCGAGGGCGAAGAGGAGUCUGAGGAUCUUGAGAAAGAGGAGAUGGUGACAGAACAUGUUGUGGGCGUCACUGAAGAGACAAAGCCGCCUGUUGCCUCUGUGGAUGCCAAUGCUUCCUUGUCAGAAACAGACCAAAUGUCCAACGAAAUUUCUGUGUAG